CUUUCCGUUUUCAUUGAGUUUUCAUUAAUGGAAAUUCUCCCUUGAGCCGCUCCAGUCCCCGCCUCGCCCGACGCUUCGUGACGCGGCUUCGUCUUCGCUGCAAUGUUCGUGGGAGUCCUUGCAGUUUUAGCCAUUCCGUGCUUUCCGUUCCGUUUUUGGGGCCAGUUGCAAGUCGACAGCUGGCCAAGGCACAUGGAAAACUCGUCGAGAGGAAAUCGCGGCAGCUACAAAUAAAAACACACAUAGAAUUUUUGGCAGGAAUCAUUUUUCAGAAAACUAAAUACAACUGAAAAACGAAAAUAAUUUUCAACUCACUGUCGCUGUCAACGUCAACGUCGCUGCUAACGUCGCUGCCAACGGAGGUGCACUGGAGGUUCUACGACAGCAAACCCGUUCAAUUGCCGCUCUCAAGAGGAAAUCUCAACUCAAGAGGACGGAAAAAAGCUACACUUUGUGAGCCCCGCACGAAGGAAAUCGGUUCUGGCGCCCAUCCUUAAUAAGAUCAAGAAUGGAGCGGAUGCCUCGGAGAAUGCCGACAAGAAAUUGGGCAGCGAGAGCAGUGGCAGUGGCCACAUAGCAGUCCAGAUCGAGCCGGCCAGGCGUGUCAAGCGUCACAGCAUCCACGGCAUGAUGGAGGAGGAGAACACCAUCCGACCGCAUCAGGAGAUCCGACAGCUCACUCUUGAGGAGAAGAAGUUCCUGCUGGCCGUGGAGCGCGGUGACAUGGCCGGCACUCGAAGGAUGCUGCAGAAGGCACAGGACACGGACUACAUCAAUGUGAACUGUGUGGAUCCGCUGGGACGCACUGCCCUGCUGAUGGCCAUUGACAACGAGAACCUGGAGAUGGUGGAGCUGCUGAUCAACUACAAUGUGGACACGAAGGAUGCCCUGCUGCACUCCAUCUCUGAGGAGUUUGUGGAGGCUGUGGAGGUGCUGCUGGACCACGAGAAUGUCACCUUCCACAACGAAGGGAAUCAUAGCUGGGAGUCUGCCUCGGAGGACACAUCCACAUUUACUCCGGACAUCACGCCGCUUAUACUGGCUGCCCAUCGGGACAAUUACGAGAUAAUCAAGAUUCUCCUGGAUCGUGGCGCCGUCCUGCCCAUGCCCCAUGACGUGCGCUGUGGCUGCGAUGAGUGCGUCCAAUCACGGCAGGAGGACUCUCUUAGGCACUCGCGAUCGCGCAUCAAUGCGUACAGGGCCCUGGCCAGUCCCAGCCUCAUAGCACUCUCAUCCAAGGAUCCUAUACUCACGGCCUUCGAGCUGUCCUGGGAGCUGCGGCGUCUCAGUUUCCUCGAGCACGAAUUUAAGAAUGAAUACCAGGAACUGCGUAAGCAGUGCCAGGACUUUGCCACUGCCCUGCUGGACCACACCCGCACCUCCCACGAGCUGGAGAUACUGCUUAACCACGAUCCCACCGGUCCGAUCUACGAACAUGGUGAACGGAUGCAUUUAAAUCGCCUCAAGUUGGCCAUCAAACUGCGGCAAAAGAAAUUUGUGGCCCACUCGAAUGUGCAGCAGCUGCUGGCGAGCAUUUGGUACGAGGGUCUGCCCGGAUUCAGGCGGAAGAAUAUGGCACUGCAGGCCGUGGAUAUCAUUCGCAUUGGGAUUAUGUUCCCCAUAUUCUCGCUGGCCUACAUCCUGGCCCCUUACUCCGGCAUUGGCCAGACCAUGCGGAAGCCCUUCAUCAAGUUCAUCUGCCACAGCGCCUCCUACUUCACCUUUCUCUUUCUAUUGAUGCUGGCCUCCCAGCGCAUUGAGACCUUCAUUGGGGGCUGGUUCUUUGCCGACGACUCGAACAUUCUGAACAAGGUGGAGGAGGUGCCCACCAAGCGGGGCGCCAAGCCCACCUUCAUCGAGUGGCUCAUCCUGUCGUGGGUGAGUGGCCUUAUCUGGAGCGAGGUCAAGCAGCUCUGGGACGUGGGUCUGCAGGAGUAUCUCAACGAUAUGUGGAAUGUGAUCGAUUUUGUUACGAAUUCCCUGUAUGUGGCUACUGUUGCUCUGAGAGUGGUGUCCUUCUUUCAGGUGCAAAAGGAGAUGAUCUACAAUUCCCAUGCCACCGAUCUGCCGCGCGAACGUUGGGAUGCCUGGGACCCGAUGCUCAUAUCGGAGGGCCUGUUCAGUGCGGCGAACAUUUUUAGUAGCCUCAAACUGGUAUACAUCUUUUCGGUGAAUCCACAUUUGGGGCCACUGCAAGUGUCGCUGUCACGCAUGGUAAUGGACAUCAUGAAGUUCUUCUUUCUAUAUGUCCUGGUGCUGUUUGCCUUUGGCAGUGGUCUUAAUCAGCUACUAUGGUAUUAUGCGGAUCUGGAAAAGAAACGCUGUCCGGAGGUCUCUCCAAGCAGUGUGCUGCUCAAUAUGAAUGGCACCAAUGAUCCCAAUGCCUGUAUUGUAUGGCGUAGGUUCUCCAAUUUAUUUGAGACCACACAAACCCUCUUCUGGGCUGUGUUUGGUUUGAUCGAUUUGGACAGCUUUGAGCUGGACGGCAUCAAGAUCUUUACACGCUUUUGGGGCAUGCUGAUGUUCGGCACCUACUCGGUGAUCAAUAUUGUUGUGCUGCUCAACCUGCUCAUAGCCAUGAUGAAUCAUUCGUAUCAACUGAUUUCGGAACGUGCCGAUGUGGAGUGGAAGUUUGCUCGGUCUAAGCUCUGGAUUAGCUACUUCGAGGAGGGUGGGACAUGCCCACCUCCGUUUAAUAUUAUUCCCACUCCAAAGUCCAUCUGGUAUGCGUGCAAGUGGAUGCGACGGGUCUUCUGCAGUGGAUCAUCGGCAGCUCGUAGGGAACAUCUGAAAACGAUACGGCGCAAGGCUCAACAGGCCAGCGAUCGCGAUUUUAAGUACCAACAGAUCAUGCGGAAUCUGGUGCGUCGCUAUGUGACGGUGGAGCAGAGGAAGGCCGAGUCCCAAGGCGUCACCGAGGACGAUGUCAAUGAGAUCAAACAGGAUAUAUCCGCCUUCCGCUGUGAGCUGGUCGAGAUACUGAAGAACAGUGGCAUGGACACGAAUGUGACGGCCGGACAAGGUGGUGGAGGCGGUGGCAAAAAGAAUCGCCAGAAGGAGCGCCGCCUGAUGAAGGGCUUCAAUAUCGCACCGCCGGGCUCAACGGGGUCCUUGGCACCCGUGGCGGAGUUUUCCACAUCGCUGGACAACUAUGACAACCAGCACGAGAUUCUCAGCUCAACCAUUUCCACUCUCUUCACGCCCAACUUUAUGCACAAGCGACAGCAGAGCCAGCAGGCGGGAUGUGGGGGCUCCGAGUCCCCCACAUCGCCCACACAGGGAACGGCUGCGGUGACGCCCAAUGGCCCAGUCACCAAGUACAAUAAGUCCGCAUUGAAGCCGUACAACAAGCGCAUAGCCGGACACAAGAAGCGAUGGGGAACCCUCAUAGAAGCCGCCAAGGUGGGCAACGUGAGCAAGAUGCUGGGACGCUCCAAGUCGGAGGAUUCUGUGUGCAAUAACUCAAACAAUACCACACCAGUGCAUGGCCAGUUGCGGGUCACAUAUGCCCAGAACUCACCUCAGCAUGGCUACGGCUACCAUGGAGAGUCCACUCCGCCAACGGCAGCAGCCACGCCCACACCAACACCCGCUGCCUCGAUCAAUCCAACACCCACGCACGUGGGAGUGGGCUCACACUUCUUUCACACAACCAGCGGUCUAACUGCCAUUGCUGCGCUGAAGCGCAAGCGCAAAAAGUUCUCCUCCAGCAAGAACAUUUGUCCGGUCACAGAAUCGGUGGCAGCUGCCACGGCCGCUGCAGAGCUAUUGAACGAUAAGACCCUUAAGCGUGUGUCCAGCUAUCCGGCAGCCACUGCCGAGGGCGGAGUACAGCACAAGGAUCCCGCCCAAUUGGUGAAACCGCGUCGACACGAGCAGACCCAGAGCCAGCAUGAUUCGGUGGAGACGUCCACGUUCACGCUGUCCAUUGAUCCAUCCAAUACGUCGGUCAACUCAAGGGAGCCCCUGAUCAGCACCAGCUGCGUCUCGACCAUGGGAGCCGUGGGCUGAGGAAACACGUGGGGGCAUUCUCAGCGAAUUGAGACGAUUAUUGUCAGAGAUACCAAAGAUAUAGCAGCUAACUACUUAGAUGGCGCACCUGAUGCAGAUACCUAGAAGCAGAAGCAGAGAUGAUAUGAAGACAUAAACAGUCUGGCGCUAAACUAACCAAAACUUAAACCAACACAGCCUAGAUCUUAAAAUACCUCACACCACGGAUAUAGCAUAGAUAUCACUUACCAAAUAUCAAAUAAGAAAACUCUAUAGCUGUUAGCCAACCCUGGGUUUCAGGGCUGCCACCACAUCCCUGCAGCUUACUAACUACUCAGUAACUCUGUAACUGUUCACCAAACCAACAAUACCUUUCAUAGAGCACCAUUUACCGUCAUCAGAAGUUCAAAGUAUCCUCUUACUCAACACGUUUUCUCAGUGCUGGCAUUGUCAGAGAUUAUCCAACACCAAACCUAAAUCAUCACCUGAGACUCUACUACUAUCUCUCUAGCACCCACACAUAUCAUACGAUCGCUUUAUAGAGAAACCUUUACAAGAAAACAAAGCCACUCGAGGUCCUGAUAGAAAUCGAGUUGGAAACAAAGAUCCGAAAAAGCCCUUUACCAAAUACCGAAUACAAAUACGAAAUACGAAUUAAACUAAAACUAAAACUAUCCCAUAUCGAUGUUGAACGUUGCCUUAGCAUGAAACAUAUUUUUUAUACACAUAAGUUUUGGAUGAACAUUGAAUUACCGUAUUGUACUCGGAACUGAAGGGAAGCGCGCUGUGUAUUUGUUGAUUUGAGAGAAUGGAUUUGAAGCCAAGGAUUUGUUGUUCAAGCAAGCAAGCAGUAGAAGUAAAUAAAUCAAGAUACCACAAAUUUUAUACACCGAUUUUAACCAACAACACAGCAAACAAUAAUCGAUAUUGCAGUACUACUAAAGUGUAUGCAUUUUAUGGAUAUGAGAUACAUUCAAGUGUAUCCAUAUCCAUAAUCUUCACACACAAAACGAUUUUAGCAUAGCAUACAAAUAUAUAAUAUACAUAUACCUAAACUAUACCUAUAUAUAGAUUACAGAUAUGAAACCAAAUAUGAAUAAUCAAAAUUUUUAGAUGAUUUUUUGCGUUCAAGUAGACAAACACCCACACACGAACAGUACAUACAUACUAUAUAUGGAAUAUCAACGAAAACAAUAACGAAUAAUGUCGUAUAAAAUUUUAUAUCAUUCGAUGCAAUGAAUCAACAGAUAUAUGUACAUACAUCUAGUAAUAUAGCAAUGCAAUGCAUCCGAGUACAUACAUAUCUCUGUUGCCUCAAACGAACAAAUGCAGGAAGCCGAACCGAAUACGAAACAAAUGUUAGAAUAAAUACAAAUAAUAUUGUUAUUUGCACGGACAAAAUAAAAAUAAUACGAAAUAUCUAAACGAAAAUAAAAGAAAA